GCGAAGUAGUGAAAAGAAGACCCCAAAAACAAUCUCCCCUCGAUUCCUUUUAUCCGGCUCCAUCCAGCCAGAGAAAAAAGACGUACACGUAGACAAAUAGGAGGUAUCCAUCGGUAUCGUUGGCAAAGUUGCAGCUUAUCUCGCAGAAGUGGUGAAAAGAAUCUGUUUUGUUUCGAAGAUACAAAAAGGUCACAGGAAAAGUGGUGCUCCCCUGCGUGUGUGAUUUGACGGCUGUAGCGGAAUGCGAGUCACCAACAUCCGCCGGGGUCGAAUCGCCCGAAUCGGCAUCACCGUUGUGAUAUUGGUAUUCAUUCUGUACAUGAUCGCAACCUGGUCCGGAGUGGAUCAUCGAACGGUGAAAGAUGCGUACAAUUCAAGUUUCGCUGCCCGGCUGUCCGGAAACGGUGACCACCGGGUUCAACAGGAUCACCGGAACGUGUUCCCGGUGCUGAUUGAAGGGCUCGGCAACUUUGAGCCAAAGGAAGUGGACCGUCGCGAUGGCCCGGGUGAAGGCGGAAAAGCCUACAUCCUGCCGGAGGAUCAGCAGAAUCGUGCCUCCGAUGCGGAAAUGGAGUACGGCAUGAACAUUGUCGUGUCGGACACGAUUUCACUGGAUCGAACCAUUCGGGACACCCGGUUGGAGGAGUGUAAGCACUGGGACUACCCGCAUGAUCUUCCCACUACCAGUGUGAUUAUUGUGUUCCACAACGAAGGCUUCUCGGUGCUGAUGCGGACAGUACAAUCGGUGCUGAACCGGUCACCGAAGCACGUGCUGCAUGAGAUCCUUCUGGUGGACGAUUACUCCGAUAAGGAGGAUUUGAAGAAAAAGUUGGAGAACUACAUCGAGCGGUUCGAUGGCAAGGUGAAGUUGAUACGCAAUCCGGAGCGCGAGGGAUUGAUUCGAACUAGGUCCCGUGGGGCGAAGGAAGCGACCGGGGAUGUGAUUGUCUACUUGGAUGCUCACUGUGAAGUGAAUACGAACUGGUUGCCUCCGCUGCUGGCGCCCAUCUACAGGGAUAGGACGGUAAUGACGGUUCCGGUAAUUGACGGGAUCGACCACAAAACGUUCGAGUAUCGACCGGUCUACGCGGAUGGACACCAUUACAGAGGCAUCUUCGAGUGGGGCAUGCUGUACAAGGAAAACGAAGUGCCCCGUAGGGAGCAGAAACGCCGGAAACACGACAGUGAACCCUACAAGAGUCCAACCCACGCCGGAGGUCUGUUCGCCAUCAAUCGGGAGUUCUUCCUGGAGAUCGGCGCCUAUGAUCCGGGUCUGCUGGUCUGGGGUGGUGAAAACUUUGAGCUGAGUUUCAAGAUUUGGCAGUGCGGUGGCAGUAUCGAGUGGGUUCCCUGUUCCAGAGUGGGCCACGUCUACCGCGGGUUCAUGCCGUACAACUUCGGUAAGUUGGCCAACAAAAAGAAGGGACCACUUAUCACGAUCAACUACAAGCGAGUCAUUGAGACGUGGUUCGAUGACCAGUACAAGGAGUACUUCUACACGAGGGAACCUCUGGCGAGGUUUUUGGACAUGGGAGAUAUCUCCGAACAGUUGGCCCUGAAGGAGCGGCUGCAGUGUAAGAGCUUCCAGUGGUACAUGGAUAAUGUGGCGUAUGAUGUAUUGGAUAAGUAUCCGCAGUUGCCGGCUAACUUGUACUGGGGAGAGCUGAAGAACUCCGGAACGGAGAAAUGCGUAGAUGCACUUGGUCGUCAACCACCGGCGAUAAUCGGGUUGCAGCACUGCCACGGUCAGGGUCACAAUCAGUUAAUUCGGUUGAAUGCCGCUGGCCAGUUGGGCGUCGGAGAGCGAUGCAUCGAUGCCGACAAUAUGGGCAUCAAGUUGGCUUUCUGCCGGAUGGGAACGGUCGACGGACCGUGGCAGUAUGACGAAAACACCUCAACGCUGCUGCAUCGAACGUACAAAAUGUGCAUGGGUUACCAUCCGCAGACCCGGGCGCUGACUCUGAUGCCAUGCGACGUGCACAAUGCAUAUCAGUCGUGGAAGUUCCACACCAUCACGCCGCGGUGGUAGUUUCGGUAUCGAGCCCACAUGACAGCUGCAGUCAUUCCACUAUCCACCAGCGUUUCCGCUAUCAUCGAGUGAUGUGAGAACGGAAAUCUACCCCUACCAUGAACCGGGCACAAAUUCAAACGAAUCAAAACGUGUAAAUAUCAUACGGUAAGCCCAGCCACUUGCGUAGAGAACUGCGUUGUUUAACAUUGACCUUUUUGUACAUACGUGGACACCGAUUAGGAAUUUUAUAAAGGGUAGUUCUCUUCCAUUUGAUUAUUACACACGAAAUGCAAUAUAGCUACAUACUUUUGAGGAAAGCGGUUUGCCAAAAUUACUUAAAAUUUCUGGAACACAUAUUCGAUCCACACCUGAAACAUUAUAAAAGGUAGAUCUACCGUACAGUGCAUCAUGUUACUCUGAGUCUGAAUUAAAGUUUUUUUUUGUUUAUCAAGCUGAACAGCAGUGGAAGCAUUUUAUUGGUGUUGUAGAAGCGUGCGACUGUGUGUGCCUUCUUUUGUGGUUGACGAAAAACUGCAGACUUUUGUGGUUUUUUUUUUGGGUUGAGUCAAGCACCGGCGAAGUUGUUGGUGUUCGAAUAACAGUAACAUAAUCUAUUUGAUUGACUGAAACCCUUUGUGUUGAUCCUCUCCUGUUCUUAACGUGAGUAAGACUUCCUCGAACUAAUAUUAUACUAUUAUUAUAGUGAGAAACUGGAAACUGGUACAUCACACCAGUCCGAUAUUUGCAAUGCAUCAUUUAAAUAGAAGGACCCAGGAAAGAUAAUCUUUCUUGACUAGAUAAGUGGGAGUAUAUUCUCGAAAGAGAAAGUGAAAUAUUAGCAAAGAUGCGCAAAAAAGGAAUGCGAGAGACGUUGUAAGAUGAAAUAUGAAACAAAUCACCUGGUUACGACUUAAAAUUGAAUCGAUUUAGGAUAAAUUUUCUAUUAAUUAAGACAAAUAAACAUUGUUAUUAAA